ACCAACACACUUUAAGGGUUUUCCUCAUCAGUCCAGUUUGCAAUUAGGGCUGUCCUCUCCUAAAACUCCCUGUGGUAAAGAUUCUAGUGAGGGCCGGGGUGACCAUUCUGGUGUAGCAGUUUAGUCCCAUCGAUUUCUUUGUGCUUCGUCAUAUUUAGCAUAUUUUGAUUCUGUCAUUUCAAAAUGGAUUAGUUAAUUCACUGCAUAAUUGAGACUAGGAUUUCACAGUUUCGAAGCCAAAGGGGACACAAGGCAGACGUUUUCAGCAAGGAGGGGGGCCAUACAAACCCCAACGCAUACAUGGAGAAGACAUUAACGUUGAGUCUGGUGAUGCUUUUCCUCACGCUUCAUCUGGGUUUACCGGAAGUCCUUGGACGGACGGAGGACCCUCACGCCGACGUCAACGUGAAGAAACGACCUCCGCACGCCUCGGAAGCCAAAAGUGGCCGCUGCUCGUACACCUUCAUCGUCCCGCAGCAGAAGCUGAAGGGAGCGCUCUGCGUGAGCACCGCCCAUGAGACCAACCGCUCCGAGGUGGCUUCCCUGCGGGUGGAGCUGGCCCGGCAGCAGGAGCACCUCGAGACGCUCAGGGCCCAGCUGGAGCGGGAAGGGAGCCAGGCCAUGGAGGUCAGGGCCCUGAGAACGGAGAGCAACAGUUUGAACACCCGGAUCACCCAGCUCUAUGCUCAGCUGCUGCAUGAAGUCAUCGACAAGAAGGACCAGGUGUUGGAGCAGAAACGGGUUGAGAGCCUUCUGCUGAAUGCUACUACACAGGCGCUGCAGGUUUCUAGUAAUUUCAGAGAGCUGGAGAAGAAGUAUGGAGCCCUGACCUCGAUGAUUACCUCUCAGAAUCAGUUCAUUGCCCGUCUCGAGAAGCAGUGCCAGUGCAGGAACACCACACUGGCCUCACCGGUGACUCCUGAACCAGAAAGACUCCGGUCCCAAGAACACCACAAUAUCAGCUCCGAGGCCAGUGCAACGUCCAACGAUGUUCAAAGAGAUCAGAGUGGCCCUCCUUCGCAGGAAGACAAGCUGAUUGGGAAAGCCACUGUCCCCACAAUUACCACAGCCAGCACUCCCACAGAUCAUCCCUUCAUCAGUUUCCCAGUCACCAAGACCCCAGGGCCAUGGCGGGACUGCCAGCACGCCAUGGAUUCAGGCGAGACCAUCAGCGGCAUCUACCUGCUUCGCCCACAGGGCGCCAACCGACUCCUGCAGGCAUGGUGUGACCAGACGAGCGCUCAGGGCGGCUGGACCGUCAUCCAGCGGAGACAGGAUGGAUCGGUGAACUUCUUCAGGACCUGGGAGCAGUACAAGCAAGGUUUCGGUAACCUCGAUGGAGAGUACUGGCUGGGGCUGGAGCACCUGUACUGGCUGACCAAGCAGACUCACUACAAGCUCCGGGUAGCCCUGGAAGACUGGCAAGGCCGGCAGGUCUAUGCAGAGUACGACAGCUUCUAUAUAGAGCCGGAGAGCGACUGGUACCGCUUACGUCUAGGAGAAUACCAGGGGAACGCUGGAGACUCUCUCUCCUGGCACAACAACAAGGCCUUCACCACCCUGGAUCGAGACAAGGACGGCUUCUCAGGUAACUGUGCUCACUUCCAGAAAGGUGGAUGGUGGUACCAUAUGUGUGCCCACUCCAAUUUGAACGGCGUGUGGUAUAGAGGCGGGCACUAUCGCAGCCGCUACCAGGACGGGGUCUACUGGGCAGAGUUCCAUGGAGGCUCCUAUUCUCUCAAGCGAGUGGCCAUGAUGAUCAAACCUGCGUGACGGAAAGGACCGUCCUAUUUGGAAUCAGAUGUGUUUAAACGUGGUUGUUAUUUUUUCUAUUUCAUUUGUGCUUUGUUUUUGUUUUUUAAGCUACGUUCUGAACACUUUUCAAUAAGGGUACAAAUUACAAUAAUUAAUUACUUAACAUUAGUUAAUGUAGUAAUAAUCAUGAGCUAACAAUUGACUUACAGUUAAUUAAACAGUUAACAAAUGUACUAUUAACGGCGUUAACGCAAACCAAUUUUAACGGCGGAAGAAAAGCCCAUACACCUAUCUGUUGGAUGAUGGUAGAAUCUGGAACACAUCACAUCUUUCUGUACUACCAGAAAUGAACACUAUGGACAAUGACACUGAACAAACCGAGCCUCAACGAGUGACAAAUGUGGACAGUAGACCUGAGAGGUUUAGGCAACCGCCUACCUGGGCUAAAGACUGUGUCAUGUACUAAAGAACCUGCAUAAAUAUGCCUUUUGUUGGUUGUUAAAGAAAAUAAUGCAUGCAUGAAAAUGUUUGGUAUGCAUACUGUUAAAUGCUAUUGUAAUGGUUGAUUGGUUGUCAUUUUAUUAUUUGAAAAUGUUAUAGGCGUGGUGUAACUUGAAUUCAAUUACAAAAGUAAUUUUAAGUUUUGUUAUGAAGGAAUUCGCCUUUAUUGGAAGGGGGAGAUGUUGUGUUCACUACUGCAUUGAGUUACUCAUACAGUUAUGUCCGUUGAAUUGUACAGCCUCUAGGUGGCGUAGUAAUGCAGAUGGAUAGAGGCGAGAGGAGGAUAAGAAGAAUGUAUGUUGAUACAAGAACGGAGAUAAAGAGUUGGCUGGAAAGUAACGCGAUCUUGUUGGUUAUUACUG